UCAAGAUGGCGACGGAAACGGCCUCUGAAUGCAAGAUUAUAGUUAAAAAACCUAUGCUACUGAAGGUUGGAGAUUUGGCUAGCGAGUUCAGGUCUGGUGUGUCAGUGGUUGACAUAAUUCUUCCAGGAAUGAAUGCUGUGCAGGUUGGAAAGCUGACAUUUAAGAACUCUUAUACAGCAUCUGUUACGGUAAAACUGAAAGUUACAGAUCAUGCAGGUGCUGAGCAAUGGAAAACCCUUGUGAAGAACUACACUCUGAUGCCUCAUCCUCAUUUAGAAACAGGAAGCCAGGAUUUUUUUGUGAUUAAUAUUAGUAAGAUGGACGAGCCUCCUCUUCAAGUGAUAAUGAUGAGGUUAAUUCUCCGACAACCUUCCCCUCACUGGAGUAACUUUGGCAUAGAAGAGAUAAAGUGCUUUCUACAUUCACCUACGAAUUGCUCAUCAGUACCAGAAUGGCUACAUAAUGAUGACUGUCAUAAUCCUGGUGGAAUCAAAGCAGUACAGAAUGUCUCUAACUCAGAGAAUGUGGCCUCCAGCAUUCAGCAACUUUGGGCAUUGACCCAGGGGGUGAUAUCCUCAAAACAGAAUCUGUCUAUUGGUCGUUUUGAUAUUGACAGAAGCUAUGACAUCAACUUGUUAUCUUACACAUAACAGUACAGCUGUUUGAUGUCUGUGAUUUCCUGGCCAAGGAAAGAGAGGAAAUAUGAACCAUGUGAUGUUCAUGUGUCAGUAUGGUUCCAUACAGAGUAAACAAGGCUGAUGCUUACAAUGUAUCAUCUAUCUUCAACUGGGAGAUUCCCAAUGGGAGAAGCAUCUGAGAAUUCCUACAGAUGUAAUUAUGGAUCUGACUGAGUUUAUACAACAGAACGACCAGUUUGAAUUUGAUAGUGAACACUACCCUUAGGACAGCUAUUGACUAAAAAAUGGCACCUGCCUAUGUCAAUUUAUUUAGGGAUAGAUUGGAAGGAAAAUUUUUGACACAAGAUCUGAUUAGGCUGUAUGUUUGGUUGAGACACAUUGAUGACAUUUUUAUGGUGUGGACUAGUGGCAAGGAUGAAUUGGGAACAUUUUUUAAUUACUGAAAUGAAUGAUGAAUGUAUGAUACAAUAAAGUUUAUGUGUCACUUAA